UUGUAGUUUGAACACGUGGCUCAUUCAAAAAAGCCGGAAUAGCAGAGGAUUUUUUUCUCCCCCUUCUUCUUCUUCUUAUUCUAGGCUCUAGACUUAGAGGCGGGCGCCAGCCUUACCGUGUGUGACAUUCUCUGUCUCUUUGCCAAGGGGUUUGGAGGAAGACACAAAGUAGUUUCUCCUCCUUUUCACCCAGCCCGCCAUCGUUUGGAGACACGAGAUUAAUAAUUGAGCAUUUAUUUAUUGCGCGAUAGAGACAGAGGGGCGAGGGAGCGCAAACGCACUGUGAGGCUGCCAGUUUAAAUCUAUCUGUGGCUUGAACGACCGGGAAGCACGCCACAGCCACUCCGUAGUAGUAAAGGCGAUUUAGGCUACUCCAAACACUGCACAUCCGUGAGAGCAAAUAACUAUCUCUCCCUCAGCGUAAAGAUUGUCCGUUUUCGGCGCAGAACAUGAAUAAGCUAUACAUUGGCAACGUGAGCGCAGAAGCGAGCGAGGAGGACUUCGAAACUAUCUUUGAGCAGUGGAAGAUUCCGCACAGUGGUCCAUUUCUUGUCAAAACUGGCUAUGCGUUUGUGGAUUGCCCGGACGAGAAGGCUGCAAUGAAGGCCAUCGAUGUUCUUUCAGGUAAAGUUGAACUUCAUGGGAAACUUCUCGAAGUGGAGCACUCGGUCCCUAAACGUCAAAGGAGCUGUAAGCUGCAGAUCAGGAACAUCCCGCCUCAUAUGCAGUGGGAGGUGUUGGAUAGUAUGCUUGCUCAGUAUGGUGCAGUAGAGAGCUGUGAACAAGUUAACACUGACACAGAGACUGCAGUAGUCAAUGUUCGAUAUGCAGCCAAGGACCAGGCCAGGCUGGCGAUGGAGAAGCUGAAUGGAUCUAUGAUGGAGAACUAUGCCUUGAAAGUGUCCUAUAUCCCAGAUGAGACGGCUGCAGCAGAGGGUCCUUCAGCAGGGGGCAGGAGAGGCUUUAAUGCACGUGGACCCCCUCGUUCCAGCUCUCCAGGUCUGGGCGCCCGGCCCAAAGUGCAGUCAGACAUCCCUCUGCGCAUGCUGGUUCCAACGCAGUUUGUAGGUGCAAUUAUCGGCAAGGAGGGCGCCACUAUCCGCAACAUCACCAAACAGACCCACUCAAAGAUUGACAUCCAUAGGAAAGAAAAUGCAGGAGCAGCAGAGAAGCCCAUUACAAUUCACUCCACCCCUGAAGGUUGUUCGAACGCUUGCAGAACCAUCAUGGAAAUCAUGCAGAAGGAAGCCCUUGACACAAAGUUUACUGAGGAGAUCCCACUGAAGAUUCUUGCACACAACAACUUUGUAGGAAGAUUAAUUGGGAAGGAAGGACGCAACCUCAAAAAAAUCGAGCAGGACACAGGGACCAAAAUCACAAUCUCACCUCUCCAGGACCUGACCUUGUACAACCCAGAGCGGACCAUCACAGUGAAGGGCGCCAUCGAGGCGUGCUCGAGAGCUGAAGAGGAGGUGAUGAAGAAGAUCAGGGAAUCGUAUGAGAGCGACAUGGCUGCUAUGAACCUCCAGUCCAACCUGAUUCCAGGCUUGAAUCUAAAUGCUUUGGGUUUGUUUCCCAGUGGAGCACCAGGCAUGGGCCCUUCCAUGUCCAGUGUCCCACCUCCUGGAGCCCACGGUGGUUGCUCGUCAUUUGGAGGACACCCGGAGUCGGAGACGGUUCACCUGUUCAUCCCUGCACUUGCUGUGGGAGCCAUCAUCGGAAAACAGGGUCAACACAUCAAACAGCUGUCACACUUUGCUGGAGCCUCAAUCAAGAUUGCCCCUGCAGAAGGAAUGGAUGCCAAACAGAGGAUGGUCAUCAUCGUUGGACCGCCAGAGGCUCAGUUUAAGGCUCAGUGUCGCAUCUUUGGCAAGUUGAAGGAAGAGAAUUUCUUUGGACCUAAGGAAGAGGUGAAGCUGGAGGCUCACAUCAAGGUUCCCUCCUUUGCUGCUGGACGAGUCAUCGGGAAGGGCGGAAAAACUGUGAACGAGCUGCAGAACCUGACAUGUGCAGAAGUGGUGGUGCCCAGGGACCAGACGCCGGACGAGAAUGACCAGGUCAUAGUCAAGAUUAGUGGACACUUCUUUGCAUGCCAGCUGGCCCAGAGGAAGAUUCAGGAGAUCCUGGCCCAGGUGAGGAGGCAGCAGCAACCCAAGCCCACAUCUGGAGCCCAACCUUCACUGCCCCGCAGGAAGUAAAGGUCCAGCGGACCUGGAGGAAUGGUGACUGAAUCUGCCAGAAGACUCGACAGAUGGAUAGAUGCAGCAGAGUCCAGGGGGAGAAGAAGACAAGGGGUUGUCAAGCUCAUCUCAGGGGUCAAAGGUUAUCACCAACCGAACAUCCACCCCUCCUUGUCUUACUUGAAGAACUUUCAAGUGUGGCUAAUAAGAGACGCUACGCCUCUUAACCUCCACCCUCCUCACCUCUCUGCAUCUCUGUGAGAAUGUACUUCUGAGGGCUCCCAACAAUGUCACCUGCCCUCACAUGUACGCACCCCUCGACCGCUCUCCUCCUCCCCCCACGGGUGUGUUUAAAAAGAAAAAAAACAUUUCCCCCCCUCCUUUUUUUUUUAUUUUUUAUUUUUUAUUUUAUUUUUUAUAUUUUUAUUUUCUUUUUCUUUUUUUUUUUUUCUUUUAAGCACUAGAAACACAAAGAAGAAAUAAGGAUCCCCCUCCUAUCACCUCCUUGGUGUGGUACUUCAAACCUGACAAGAUGUUUUGGUUGACUUCAGAUUUAG